AUGUCUCAGGCUGUUGCUUCUUCUCCAGUACAUAGUGUUUCGCCUCCCUUGCCACCCCAAAUCCAUUCUCCUGAAUUACCCUUUCCAACAAAACUAACACUUGAGCUAAGAGGAACUCGGUUUGAAAUUGAUCGAGAAAUGUUAAUGAGUCUACCCGAAAGCAUUCUUAUUGUAAUGUUUCCUAAUGGACUUAUGUUGAAUAGAGCUCUAGAUUAUGAAGACGAUGUAGCUGAGGACGAUAAUUCAGUCCAUUCAAUAGACAUAGAGGACCAAAUUGUUGAUGUGGAUUUUGAUCCUUCCUGUUUAGAGUAUAUUUUAAAUUUUUAUAAAACAGCACAAGAAGCAUUUUAUUCUAACCAGGGAAGUACCUCUACAGCAUUCCCACAUAGUCCACAGAAUCCACUUUUAAGUAAACAGGCGAUAAUUGUUUUAAGAGAAGAGUUGGACUAUUUUACCAUACCACCAAAAUCCUCCCAAAAACAUAAUAUAUCGACAGAAGCAACAGGAAAAGGAACUUUGAACAAUACAACAACAGAAACCACAGCUCCUAGUGGCACCAGCAGCAUUACAGCCACAAAUGAAACUAGUGAUAGUGAGCAAGCAAUUGAUAUUUUUGAAUUAAAGACAGAGUGCGGUUCAUAUCUUCUUAAUCAAAAAAAGAUAUUUACAGCGUUACAACGUAAUAUUAAUAAAGAAAAUAAUGUAGCAGAACAGCAUUUGAUAGAUAUGUUAUGUGUUUCAGGCUUUUCAAGAGAUGAUGAAUGGGGAUAUCGUAAUAUUGAACCACUUAAGACGAGUAUCGUUAGUAUUGCAUUAGUAAUGCUUAAAACAACAGGACAGGGUAAUCAAAUGGCAACAGCACAAAAGUUGUUAUUAUUUUGGAGGAAACCGGCUAGAAAAUGCUGGUGGGAUGGAUUAGAAAUUAAAGUUUUUGGUGAUAGAGCCGUACCGAUCCGAUUAUGGUGCAGACGUACAUGGACUUUGGAAUUGGCUUUGUUUUUAGAAUUUAACAACGGCAACAAAAAACAAUCUGAAAAUUAUAAUCAAACCUCGUUGGAACCUUCCAUUAGAAUUGAGAAACCUCCACUGAUGCUUAUAGAAUUAAUUAAUGUAAAUAAAACGGUGAAAGGAAUUUUUGGAAAUGGUUACUUGAAAUUUGGAAAAAUUUACACUUCCUCUUUAAAUUCUAACAAUGGAUCACAAACAAGGGAUUCGCGUACUAGUCUUGAACUAAGGCUUUACAAGUUUGUUGAUGAGUUUCGACUUGAUGAAAUAAAAUUAAAUGCAUUAGCCAAAGAAUAUUAUGUUGAGAUUCAAAUUGAACAUCUUGAACUUCAAGAUCGUGAUUUGUUUGAAAUAUUUAAAAAGCACCCGUCUGAGAUUAUACCAUUACUUGAAUCUGCAAUUAGAACACGUGCUCAAAGGACCUUGAAUAGAGAUGAUAUUCCUACGUUUCAAGCGUUACUUAAAUAUUCUCAAAAAGAGAUUAUUAAUAUGCGUCAAUUGAGUGCAAGUUCUAUUUCUAAUCUUGUCCGAAUCUCUGGCAUUGUAAUAGCUGCUACAAAUUUAACUUCUAAAGCAACACAUAUUCAUAUAAUGUGUAAAACUUGUAGACAUUCAAAAACACUUGUAGUUUCUGGUGGUUUUUCUGGAAUCUCACUUCCUAGAGCUUGUGAUGGUGAUCAAACUGGAGUGGGUCCAAAGGAUUGUGGUUUAGAUCCAUAUGUUGUUUUGCAUGAUAAAUGUUUAUAUGUAGAUCAACAAGUAUUGAAAGUUCAAGAAUGUCCUGAUCUACUUCCAGUUGGUGAUUUACCACGUCACAUAACAGUUCACGUUGACAGAUAUUUGACUGAUAAAGUAGCACCAGGAAAUCGUGUUAAUAUCUUGGGAAUUUAUGAUAUUUAUCAAAACUCUUCUGCAAAGAGACAAAAUCAAAGCAUUGGCACAAGAAUACCUUAUGUAAGGGCACUUUCUAUUGAAUUUGAUGAAAAUCAAAGUGGAACAAAUCAUAAUACAUUUACACACUCAGAAGAAGAAGAAAUGAUUCAAAUGUCUAGAAACCCAAAUUUCUAUAAUAUUUUUACUAGUAGUAUCGCUCCAUCAAUUUACGGAAAUGAAGAUAUUAAGCGUGCCAUAACUUGUUUGCUUUUUGGUGGAAGUAAAAAAAUUUUAGAGGAUGGUAUGCGUCUUAGAGGAGAUAUUCAUGUUUUGUUAUUAGGUGAUCCCGGUACAGCAAAAAGUAAAGGAAGUAGCGCUGCAGGUUUAACAGCAGCCGUUAUUCGUGAUCCUUCAACUGGCGACUUUUAUUUGGAAGCAGGCGCAAUGGUUUUAUCAGACGGUGGUGUAAUUUGUAUAGAUGAAUUUGAUAAGAUGCGAGAAGAAGAUAGAGUAGCUAUUCAUGAGGCAAUGGAACAACAGACUAUAUCUAUUGCUAAAGCUGGUAUAACCGCUGUUUUAAAUACUCGUGCAUCUGUUUUGGCUGCUGCUAAUCCUCAAUUUGGCCGUUAUGAUGACAUGAAAACCCCUGGAGAGAAUAUUGAUUUUCAAACCACUAUUUUAUCAAGAUUUGAUAUGAUUUUUAUUGUUAGAGAUGAAUGUAAUCAACAAAGAGACAUGAAUAUAGCAAGGCAUGUAAUGAAUGUACAUAUGCAUAAGACUCAACCAGAAGCUGAAGGUGAAUUGGAAAUAGUGAAAAUGAAAAAAUAUAUAAGUUAUGCUAAAUUAAAAUGUGCACCACGACUUUCUGAUGAAGCAAUUGAAAAAUUAAGUAAUUAUUUUGUUACAAUCCGUGAUGAUGUAAAACGAUUGGAACAAGAUAGCAGAACGAGAUCUUCAAUACCAAUUACUGUAAGACAAUUAGAAGCUAUUAUUCGUAUAUCAGAAUCUUUAGCAAAAGUUACAUUAUCACCAUGUGUAUCAGAAGAACAUGUUGAUGAAGCAAUGCGAUUAUUUAAAAGUUCAACUGUGAAUGCUUUACAAGUUGGUGAAGUUGAAGGAAUGUCACAUACGGAAAUGUCUAGUCAGGUUCAAGUUGUCGAAAGAGAAAUAAUAAAUCGACUUCCAAUGGGUUCAAGAGCCUCCAUACAACGAUUAACAACUGACCUUGAAAACCAUUUUCCUGCCGUAAUAGUAAAACGCGCAAUAGAUAUACUUAUCAGAAGAGAAAUGAUUCAGUAUGUUAAUCGUGGUAGAAUGAUUUACAGAAUAGGUGGAUAG